AUGUUUUGGGGAUUUAGUGAAUCCAUGGAUUUUUUCGAAGAAUAUCAAAAAGCAGUAAACAAAGAUGUUGAAGAACUUAAUAUACUUUUGUUUGGCACAGGAGAUCCCCGAAAUAUUUUGCACACCAUUGCUAAAUCCUACAAACAUUCUACAAAAUUAAACUUUUAUUUACUAGAUGGAUGCGCGGAAAUUGUUGGAAGAAAUAUGUUGCUACUUCUUCUAGCAUUUGAAAGUUUAGAAGUUUUUUCUCUAAAAAAUAAAACACAUACUUACAUGGACAUUUUUGGAAACUCAUUGGUGCGACCCUCUUCGUGUGCAUACAUAGCAAGUAAAUCGGAAAUACUACGGAAAAUUAUAUCAGACGAAGAAGAGAGGAAUAAAAUGGCGCCUAUGUUUGAUAUAGAGAGUUUAAAAUAUCGUGAAAGAGAUAAUUUAGAAAAUACUUUCUUAUUUUGGCUUCCCAAAGAAGACCAUGUUUUUAAUAUCUCACGCUAUUGGGAAAAACAAAACAGGCAGCUGCUUGGAACAAGAUAUGAUUGCCGUAAGGGGGUUUUCGAUUGGGACUUAACAAUGAAUUUAAAAGAGUCGGGAGCAAAACAAAUUUCCUCUCAAGAAUAUCGUUAUUGGCGAGAUACAGGAAUCGCCUUCGUAUUUCCAGAAUACGAACAAUGUCAACCAAAUAAAACUAUGGUAGCUGGUCUUAUUAGAAAUGGUUUGAAAUUUUUGCAUCGCGGUUAUAUUGGAGAUCAAGAAACUGGGCCAUUUUGUUGCCAUGGCUUAAUUUGUUCUGAACCUGAUAUGGUUAAAGAAAGCUAUGGAAAACGGGAUUAUAGAGCAACUGAUAUAACCGAAAUUAAUUUAUACGGACUUUUUCAUGAAAUUCAACAUAAAACACUAUAUAUCUUAGAUAAAAAUCACGCCCAUAAAUUGGGUGCAAAUAUUUUAUUAUUGAACAAACCCCUUUCUGGCGUGCAAGAUGAAAACAUACAGUUGAAACAAUAUAACCAACCAUCAUUAACUCUACCAAAUAUAAAAAUUAUAUUUCUAUCCGGAGACUUUCUAACAAAUUUAAGUUUGGACGGAACCAAAUUUCAAAAUUUUUUUGAUGUUGUUUUUAUAACUAACAAAUAUUUUCCACUCUUGCAGCAAGACUUAGAAAAUGUCUUGACAAAAAAUUCAUUAAUAAUUUUUGAAACAAAACAAUAUACCUUAGAGAGACAAGAGGGGAAAACUGAAUUUUUGGCAAAUAUUAAAAAGUUCGCAAAAGAAAUUAAUUUAAAAAACAUAACAAAUUUUAAUAUUAAUAUUGAUUAUUCUGUUGUAAAAUACAAGACCGAAGAUUAA